UACCUGGGAGGGAGGGGGGAGGCGGUGGAGGAGGAAAGGCUAGGCUCAUAUUUGGCAGGAGGCGAGAGGUUCGGAGAAAGCAGGGUUCAGGGGGAAAGUGGAGCAAAGAGACCUUGCUGGAUGUUUUUUUUUGUUUUGCUUUGUACCCGGGGUGGCAAAAAGCCCAGUAUCCAGAAUCUGGACUUUGGUGGCCACUGCUGCUUGCCUCCCCGGGGGAGGUUGCUGAGCUCAAGUCACCUCUGGCUGCACGGGAGCUUCCGCCAUGCAGGUUAACCCGGGAAUGGGGUUGCUCACCUUGGCCCUGUGGGCCCUUUGUUUGCCGGCGCUGAGCACCGAAGGGAAACGGAAGCUCCAGAUUGGAGUGAAGAAACGGGUUGACAACUGCCCCAUCAAAUCCCGCAAGGGGGACGUGCUCCACAUGCAUUACACGGGAAAGCUGGAAGAUGGUACAGAGUUUGACAGCAGCCUGGCUCGAGAUCAGCCCUUUAUCUUCUCCUUGGGGACAGGACAAGUCAUUAAAGGCUGGGACCAAGGACUGCUUGGGAUGUGCGAGGGUGAGAAGAGGAAGCUGGUGAUUCCUUCUGAGCUGGGUUAUGGGGAUCGGGGGGCACCGCCCAAAAUCCCAGGUGGUGCGACAUUAAUCUUCGAAGUUGAGCUGCUGAAGAUCGAGCGACGGCAGGAAUUGUAGCUUUGGGGGGAGGGGGUGCACAGAGGGAGGGGCACGAGAGCGAGUGAGCGAGCAAGAGAGAGAGAGAGAGAGAAGUUGGUGGGGAAGGGAAUCCAAAAAAGGGACUCAGGAUUUGUUGAUUACAGAUGGGCCAAAUAAAAGCACAGACACGAUUUGUACUGUG